CAGUAAGGAACUAAAUACCAGGUAUGGAAAUACGCCAUUUUUGGUUAUAGAUUUCGUAGUUUUGACGGUGAUGUGAUUUUUUCAUUUCAGUCGUAUAAUGAAAUUGAAUCAAAAAAAUGGUGGGAAAAUGUUUAUUUUGUGUAUUAAAAUGAAUAUGAAGUAAAAAAAUAACGUAAAUUGGUGGUAUUAUUUAUAAAUUUAGUCCUUGAAAAUUUUUUUCCAUAUCCAAAGAUGGCGUAUUUCCAUACCUGGUAUUUAGUUCCUUAGUUUCAGCUGUUUGUGAUCUUUCUGUGAUAAAAAUAAUUUUAAUUAAAAAAAAGAAAAAAUCGGAGGUUUAUUUUUUUUCUCAAUUUUUAUGAAAUAGCUCUAUCGAGGAAGAUUGAGAUUGAAGACUGUAAAAAAUUAUCUCGAUUAUGUAAUGUGCGUAUGCUUAUCUCUACUUUCUGUUCUAUCGAACUGUACCGUAUACAGUAUGAGUUUGAUUUAAAAUUUUCUGUCCGAUAUUUGCUAUACCUACUGCCUAUACUACUGCCAAUCUAGUCAAAACUCGAAAUUUGAUAUCAGCAGCAACAUGUGGUCUUUACUCAAAAGAAGAAAUUUUAUUUCAGGGUUUUCUAGAAAUUAUGGAACGAAAAUUGGAUUUAUUGGUGUCGGAAACAUGGGGAGUAGAAUGGCUCAAAACUUGUUGAAAAAGAAUGAAUCAUUGAUAAUAUACGACACUCAGGCACAAAAUCUGGAACCAUUUGAAAAUCGACCGAAUGCUAAAAUUGCCGGUAGUGUGAAGGAAUUGGCGGACGAAUCUAAUUGCGUUAUUACUAUGUUACCUAAUAAUGAUAGCGUUCUGAGUGUGUAUACAGAAAACGAUGGAAUUUUGAAUAAUUGUGGCCAGAAAAAUGCAAUAUUCAUUGAUUGUAGCACAAUCGAUCCUGGUGUAUCACAGAAAUUAUUUUCUCUUUGUGAACAGAAAAAUUUUUCUUUUUUAGAUGCUCCAGUUUCCGGAGGUGUUGUAGGGGCUGAAAAUGCUAGUUUAACUUUCAUGGUUGGUGGUUGCGAAUUGACUACGAAAGUAAUUGAACCUUUACUGCUGAAAAUGGGAAGCAAAGUAACCUACUGCGGUGCGCCUGGUUCCGGACAAGUCGUUAAAUUAUGUAAUAAUCUGUUAUUAAGUUCUUCAAUGAUUGCUGUGGCUGAAAGUAUGAACAUAGGAUUGAAAUUUGGAUUAGAUGCAAAAUUGUUGGCCUCGGUUAUUAAUUCAAGUAGUGGACGGUGUUGGUCAUCUGAUACGUAUAACCCUGUUCCUGGGGUUUUCGAUAAUGUUCCUGCUAGCCACAAUUAUCAGGGAGGUUUCAAAACAACAUUCCUUUUAAAAGAUGUAAAAUUAGCCUUAGAUUUAGCUGAGCGAACGAAUUCGUCGACACCAUUAGCAAAAAUAACUCAAGAAAUAUAUUUGAAGGCGGCGAGUAAGGGAUAUGAGGAUUCAGAUUUUUCUGUUAUUUAUAAGUACCUAUCCGAGAAUGUUGAAGACUGAAUCGCAUUCGCAUUUCCGUGUUUUAUUUCUUCAUUAUUAUUUUAUUGCUGCGAUUUUGCAACGUUGUUACCAAUAUUAUAAUUUUUCAUUCAAUUUCUCAGUCAUUUAGUGGUACGUACGCAUACCGAUUUGUUUUAUAUAAUUAUUUUAAAUAAAAGUUAUUCACUAUG